UCCUCCUCCUCCUCCUCCUCCUCCUCUCUGCUGCACGUGGAGUUCCCGCAGGUGCCGCGGGCUCUGCUCUCCAACCUCAACCGGCAGCGCCUGGAGGGGAAACUCUGCGACGUCUCCAUCCGCCUGCAGGGCCGCGAGUUCCGCGCCCACCGCGCCGUCCUGGCCGCCUCGUCGCCUUUUUUCCACGACCAGCUGCUCCUCAAGAACCUGGACUCCAUCGAGCUGCCCAGCGUGAUGGACCCCGGAGCCUUCGGCCUCGUGCUGGGCUGCGCCUACACCGGGCGGCUGAGCCUGGCGGCCGGCGACAUCGUCAACUUCCUGACGGUGGGCAGCGUGCUGCAGAUGUGGCACAUCGUGGACAAGUGCGCCGAGCUGCUGCGGGAGCGCCGCGGGAAUCCCGCGCCUUCAUCGUCAGCAUCGUCAGCAUCGUCAUCGUCAGCAUCGUCAUCGUCAUCGUCAUCAUCGUCAUCGUCAGCAUCGUCAGCGUCAUCAUCGUCAUCGUCAUCAUCAUCGUGCUGCCCGCCCAGCCGGACCAGCGAGGCGCAGUCCCCCAGCAGCACCGACCCCAAAUUCUCCGAUCCCAAAUUCCCCGAUCCCAAACUCCCCGAUCCCAAACUCCCCGACCCGAAACUCCCCGACUCCAAAUUCCCCGAUCCCAAAUUCCCCGAUCCCAAAUUCCCCGACUCCAAAUUCCCCGACUCCAAAUUCCCCGAUCCCAAAUUCUCCGAUCCCAAAUUCUCUGAUCCCAAAUUCCCCGACUCCAAAUUCUCCGAUCCCAAAUUCCCCGACUCCAAAUUCUCCGACUCCAAAUUCCCCGAUCCCAAAUUCCCCGAUCCCAAAUUCCCCGACUCCAAAUUCCCCGAUCCCAAAUUCCCCGACCCGAAACUCCCCGACUCCAAAUUCCCCGAUCCCAAACUCCCCGAUCCCAGCCGGGGCUCCCAAAUGGAGGAUGAGGAGGAUGAGGAUGAGGAGGGUGAGGAGGAAGGCGGGGAGGAGCCCCCGCGGCGCCGCUGGGUGCUGGUGAAGCAGGAGUGGCUGCAGGAGGACCUGGUGCUCACCU